CGCAGAGACCAGGAAGUGAUUUUGUUUAGUACAAUCAGUGCGCAUGAGCGCCCCUGUAGUUUGUCCUAUCAAGCAUCACUUGUUGGUAUCCAGACGCGGCCAGUGUGUGGCAGAAUUCGGGGGGUAUCCAUUAUCACUUUUCAUUCUCUGCCUGUGGCAACGCAUUACAAGGUGUAAUCGGCCUCGGGUUGUGCUUGGCCUUCGAGCCCCAUGGUGGAAAGUGGCGAAAAAAGCGUUAAAAGGCGGACGUCAUUUCCAGACACGGACUGUGCGUCUUAUUUACAUGUAUCCGUGACCCGGUUCCUGGUUUAAGCUGACAGCUGCGCUGCUGGAGAAUGGACUCGUCCGUGCUGCUGGGUCUCUCUCUACUGAUGCUGCUGCUGCACUGGCCUCAGGUGCAUGCAAACCAAGGAAUUUUACAUGCAAUUGGAGAUCAGGAUCCUCCCUCUGAAAAGGAUUAUUGUAUAACAUACAAUUAUACAUGGACACCACUACCAGCAUCCUAUAUUAAUGCCACAUACUAUGAACUGGAGGACCUGAGCUCCCUUUCAUUGUGCAGUGGUUCAGAAGUUCCUCAGUCACGUUUAAAGGAUAAGGCAGUUGUAGUUUUGUUUGGAAACUGCUCGAUACUAGAAAAAGCUGCCUUUGCUCAAUAUGGUGGAGCUAGAAUACUCCUUGUUGCCAGUAAAGAAGGACUGCCUUCUCUAGUAGAUAACAGAAGUGAUUUUAAGUUUCUGACAAUCCCGAUUGCCUACAUUAGGUAUAGAGAUGUUAAAGAUAUGAAACCGAGCCUUGGGAGCAGUGUAAGAGUGACUCUGUAUUCCCCUGUAUUACCAAAAUUCGACUUAAGCAUGUUGCUCAUCUUUCUUAUAUCUGUAUUCACUGUAGCACUGGGAGGUUACUGGAGUGGACUCUCAGAGCUAGAAGACCUGAGGCCAUUGCCUGCUUGCACUGAAAGAGAAGGAAGAAAAAAGGAUGACAACGUGACUUUUACUCCCCUUACUAUUAUUUUGUUUGUUGUGAUAUGCUGUGUCAUGUUGCUGCUGCUAUAUUUCUUUUACAAAUGGUUAGUGUAUGUUAUCAUCGCUGUCUUUUGCUUGGCAUCGGCGACAAGUCUGUUCAAUUGCCUUUCAGCAAUAAUACAGAACAUCCCGUAUGGAACGUGCAGAAUUUCAUGUUGCAAUAAAAGUGCUGAAGUGAGGCUCUUCCUUCUGGCUGCGUUCUGCAUAGCUGUGUCUGUGACUUGGGUGGUAUUCAGGAAUGAAGAUAGAUGGAUAUGGAUUUUGCAGGAUAUAUUGGGAAUUGCGUUUUGCCUUAACUUCAUUAGGACAUUAAGAAUGCCAAAUUUUAAGGCAUGUGUCAUAUUGCUUGGCCUCCUGCUAUUGUAUGAUGUGUUUUUUGUAUUCAUAACGCCAUUCAUCACAAAGAAUGGAGAGAGCAUAAUGGUUGAAGUUGCAUCAGGCCCCUCUGGAAGUUCUGAAAAGAAUGGAGACACCUUUUUAGAAGUUCCUGAUGAACCAUAUUCCACAAAUGAAAAAUUACCUGUGGUCAUUAGGGUCCCUAGGCUGGAGUUCUCUGCAAAUACACUAUGUCAAAUGACUUUUUCAUUGCUAGGAUUUGGGGAUAUUAUUGUGCCUGGUCUGUUGGUUGCAUAUUGCCGAAGGUUUGAUGUACGAUCAACUUCUUCCAUGAUCUAUUACAUUUGUUGCACUAUAGCUUAUGCCGUAGGGAUGGUCUUGACGUUCAUUGUUCUGACAUUGAUGAAGAUGGGACAGCCAGCUCUUUUGUAUUUGGUACCUUGCACUCUUCUCACCAGCUCUGUCAUUGCCUGGAGGAGGAAGGAAAUGAAGAAGUUUUGGAAUGGAGGCGGCUAUGAGGGCUUGUGACACAUAGGCUAUUUUGUCUGAUGCUGGCCUCAAUCCGAGAACAUCUGCAGACAAAAUGCCCCUGUCUGCCUGUCAUGGGUUUGGAAUAAUGCUGAAUGACAUGCACCCCAUUGAAGACAUUCUGAUUGACCUCGGUGCCAAAGUGCUCUCUUGAAUUAUGACCUAUCCACACAUCAUGGAUUUGGAAAACAGCAUUCUGGGAACUAUCACCUAUCUAGAGUAUUAACACUCAUGCACCUAAAUCUUUACUUUCUGCAUACAUACAUUUAUUUAGAUGGCUUGUUAGAUAUAUAUAUCUUAGACUGAUAUUUAUAAUUUGGGUGCCUGAUUUUUUAUUAAUUUUAAGAUUUUAUCUUUAAAUUUUUAAAACUACAUACAUUUACAAUAAAAGAAAAUAAAACAAAAGAAAGGGAAGGAAAAGGCAGACAGCGAGGGAAGGAGAUAUAUCAGACCUUGAAUAGGUCUUAAACGCACUUAGCUAUUCUGUAAGUCAAGCCAUGUACCCCAUAUAGUGUUGAAUUUCUCUGGGCAGCCUCUAGCUAGGUAGGUGAGUUUCUGGCUCUGGGAGGGAAUUGUUCACUAGUUUUUGCCAGAAUCGUAGGAUAGGUGGGUCAAGAGAUUUCCAGUGCAUUAGUAUAGCAAGUAGCACAACCUGGAGUAUGACUAAAGUUGUAGGGCCCCUGGGAUUCUCAGAAAGCAGAGUUCUGGGUAGUGAAUAUUUGGACAAGUAAACUUCUCAUUAAUAUACUGAAGAAUCUGCCUCCAAAAUCUUUGAAUUGCUGGACAAGACCAGAAUACAUGGAACAUGGAGCCUCCAGCAUCCCUGCAUUUGGGACACAUUAUCAUAUAUUUUAAUUAACCAAUGGGGUUUAAAUACACUCUGUUCAAAAAUGUUAUUUGUAUGUAUCUAUCCCUCAUAGAGUUUGACACCUCUAGGGCCAGUUUAAAAGCAGCAUUCCACACCUCAUCCAACUCAGGGAUAUCUCUCUGCCAUUUAAUCCAGGUUUUCUCUAAGGGAGUGGGUGCCUGCUUUUUAUGUAUCCAAAAGAUGGAGCAAGGCCAACAUUGAGGGUCCUAAGAAACCUUUGAACACCAGGUUCAAAGAAGACUUACCCUUCUCUCUGUUGCCAUGAAUCUUUAAGGUCACUACCACACAGUGAAUAUGGAUUAUUAUUUGCCCAUAAAGCAACCAAUCACUUUGAGCCUCCUGUGACUUUAUUAGUAUCAACCAACUCCACUGCAGAAACCACAGCACCCACUUGCUUCUGUUUGAUGGUUAAUGUUUGUGCUUACAAACCAGUGUUUGUGCAGUAACCAUGCCUUAUUUGUGUUUUAGAUAAUGGAGCAUGUGGACAAUGCUAUCAAUAAAGAGGGACUAACAAACGGUGAACAAGAAGAACCAUGAUGCCAAUGUUAUUUUUGUACAAAUUUUAAGAUUUAGAUUGUUUUCUUGUGGGAUUUCUAUAUUGAGUCCGAUGUUUCAUAGGUUUCUUAAACUUUGGCAGACUUGCACCCUUUUAAUUUUGUUCUGGAUUACAAGUCCCUUUCUUCAAACUAGUUGCUGUCAGGUCAGGUUUGACCUUAUUGGCUUAAGCUGUAAUGAACUGCCCUGCCAUCUAUUAGGGGAGGGGGGGUUACUCAAAUCUGUUUUGUUGUUUAAAAAAUAUUUGAUAAGUUUUAAGACAUAAUUUGAGAUCACAUUUGAUAAAAAUGGGAAGCAGAUUUCCAUACAUCUGUGCCUUAUUUGAAAUAGAACUGAGCUGUAUGAUCUAUGUAUUACUGCAGGGUAGUGUGUGGGAUUGUACAGACUUGUACAUUAUAUGAUCUUUUAUUUAUAGUUCUUCUUCUUUUUCAGGUUGAUAAACAAACAGGCUCUGUAGACCAGUUGUGCUGUUCCCUGAAAAUUAGUUAGGGUCUUAA